AGAAGAGGAACCGACAACUGGGAAGAGAAGCUGAGAGACGCUCAGCUCGCCUCACUACGCCCUGUUUGUGUACACAGAGAGGUGUACGAAACGUAUUAAAUACAACGCUGUAAAAACAUCGCUCGAGCAGAGAUAAACUGUCCAACAUGGAUCCGUUUACGGAGAAACUGUUGGAGCGGACCCGGGCUCGCAGGGAAAACCUGCAGAAGAAAAUGGCAGAGAGACCAAAUGCAGCAAACAGACAGAUGGUCAAAAGGCCCAGAGAGCCACUGGCUGACACCAAUAGUGUGAUCAGUGAGCCAGUCGUUGAUAAAGUUCCACAGGUGUCCUCCAAGCCUUCUCCGUCCAAGCGCCGGUGCUCAGAGGAAAAUCUCCAGCCUGCAGCUGGCGAGGAAAACCAGGAGCCAGUGAUGCCACGAACUGUGGCUCACAAGCUCUCAGAUCCUCACACAGAAAAGAAACCCCCGGUAGGCCCUGCUAGCCUUCGAGCUUCCUCAUCCCUGGAGAAGACUGCUACCCAGCCUGUUGUCCAGUCUCAGCCAGAGCAGCUGAAAACUGCACAGCCAGAGCCAGAGAAGAUGGUUGUCACCCCUGCUCCUGAUCCUCCAAGCAGCAGAGAAGCAAAGAUGGUGUCUGCCAGUUCAGCCCUGCAGAGCAGCAAGGAGGACCUGGUAGAAGACCCAGCUCUAUCUGCUGCUGGCAUGAAGUCUCGUCUUCAGAGGCUAGCAGAGCAGAGGAAGUGUUGGGAUGGCACUGACACAUCUGAUGCAGUUCCGGACUGCACUCCCCUGUCCCUGUUGAAGAGACAAGCUGAGGUCCCACCGCCCACCAUUCCCACCGCGUCCUCAGGAACUCCUUUGGGGAGGAAAGGCAGACUCGCCAACCUUGCUGCCACCAUUGGAUCCUGGGAAGACGACUUAAGUCAUGCUAACAUUCCCUGUGCAAAUGUAAAAGAGAAGCCUGGUACAGCUGUUCCCAAGAUGGCAGUUAGAGAUGCCACUGUGGCUACCAGCACUAAACCAAGUGCUGCAGGCCAUGUGAUGGCCGGUUCAACUGCAAGCAGCAGCUCUACAUCCAGCUCUCAGCAGGCUGUGUAUUCUCCAGCAAAGCCGAGCCGCGUGGGUCUUCCAGGCCCACAGAUGGUUGACACUCCUGCAGCCAGACCAACACUUAAGUCAGUAACCAUCUCUGAAAAGAGCUCCAACCAGAAGAUCACCUUCCCCUCUAGUCCUCAGAAGAGCUCUGUCCAGGGAGCAGCCUUCCCAUCCAGUCCCCAGAAGGCCGGCCCCUCCUCAACAUCAGUUCCUCAAAGUCCCCUGAAGAAUCAGGCCCUCUCCAGGGGCCACAACCUCCCCUCCAGCCCUGUGAAGCCAGAACUUCGUGCCAAGCCCACGACUGCUGGCCCCUCUGUCCCGCAGGAAAAGGCCUCUGCUGGACCUGGUGUGAAAUCUUUUCUGGAGCGCUUUGGAGAGAGGUGCCAGGAGCGUAGCAACCAUAGCUCUCCAGCAGGGGGCACUACCCACAACAAGACUCCCACUGCGACCCCAUCGUCAUCAUCAUCAUCAUCAGUCACACCAAACACCAGACUGGUACAGGAGAGGCUCAGAGUUGCACAGGCUGCAAACACAGCCACAUCUGAUCUCACCCAAAGACAGAAGAUGGAGCGAGAGUCUGAGCUGGCUCAGAUCCGCAGUCGCUUUCAGAAAGGGAACAACAUGUGGAAAAACAAAGAUGAAGCAGCAGAAACCAAUAAAAACACAGACAUCAAGGAACAACUUGACAAGCCUGUGGAAGCUGAAGUUGCCCCAUGUGAGCCAAAGGAUGAACCCACAGCACCCUCUACUGAGAGACUAGACACACCCACAAAGUGCACUCCUCCAGCAGGUGUUGGGUUGCUGGUCUCACCUCCAGCCUCAACAUCCAGCCCUCUGAGGACUGUCACCCGUACUGAGGAGAAAACAGCUGAGGAAACCCCAGAAGAAACUGAGGUGAUCAGUGAGAGAGAGAUGAACGUGGACCAGUCCAUCAACUCUGCAGUUAUCAACGAGCUGUUUGAUGGAGUACUGACGCAGAGUGAUGAUGAGGAAGAUGAAGAUGAUGAGGAAGAUGCUUUGAAUAUCUCCUCCAUGUCCCUCCUCACUCCACUGGCAGAGACUGUGGCCGCCGUAGUGAAGAGUCCCGAGAGAAGAAUGAUGACGUCGACACCAGCCAGCUCAUUCCUCAUAAAGAGCAACACUCCAGACCAUGUUUCCAAACCUAGCAAGUUCCAGAGAGCUACCAUGGCCCGGGCAGCCUCCUCAGAUAGUCUUGAGGCCUUAGAUGAAGACACACACAAACUGCCAUACAGCAUUGAUGCAUAUAGGUCCACCAGGGUGAAAGAGACAGAGAGGCCCAAUGUCAAACAGGUGAUUGUGAGAAAAGAGGACGUCUCUCACAGGGCAGAGGAACCCAGGGGAUCCAGUCUCUUCAGUAUCAAACAGAAGAUGAAGAUUCUGACAAAUGAGAUGAACCUGCAGCAGACGGUCAUUCAUCAGGCCAGUCAGGCGCUUAACUGCUGCACAGACGAAGAGCACGGCAAAGGAUCCCAGGUGGAGGCUGAGGCAGAGAGGCUGCUGCUGGUGGCAACGGAGAGGAGGGAAGCGUUGAAGGCAGAGCUGGACCGUCUGAAAGGAGACCCAACAGGCCAGAAAAAGGCCUCUGCAGCCCCAGAACCUGCCGGCAUGUCUGCCUCCAAGGGCUCCAUCACCCUGCAGGAGUUGCGUCUUCCUCUCAAGGCAGACUUUGUGUGCUCCAUUGCCAACAAGCCAGAGUCAACCAAACAUUCCUUCUUCAUGAUGAUCCGUGCCGGAGCAGAGAACACUGUGGCCACACCAUUAGCCAGCACACACCGCGGCCUCAGUGGGGACACCCUGGCUUUCCCCACCAAGUUCACCAUAUCUGAAGUUUCCAGUGACUUUACAAUCGACAUUGAGGUCUAUUGCUUGGUGCAGAAGCGCGAUGUCUGCAGUGACAAGAAGAAGAAACCCAGCAAGUCAAAGGCUAUCACUCCAAAGAGAUUCCUCGCCAUCACUAAAAGUGGCCAGACUCCAGUUGUGGCCAGUCCAGGAGGCCCCAAUGCUGUUCGCACCAGUAACUUCGUCCUGGUCGGAUCACACAAGCUCACCCUGUCAUCUAUUGGGAAAAACAAAUUUCCUCUGGAGAAGGUGCCAUUCUUGUGCCCUCUGGAGGGCCACGUCUACCUCAAGCUGCAGUGUGAAGUUGGCUCAAAAGUGGAGGAGAAGGGCUUCCUGACGAUGUUUGAGGACGUCAGUGGAUUUGGAGCCUGGCACAGGAGGUGGUGUGUCUUGUCAGGAUACUGCAUCUCCUACUGGACCUACCCAGAUGAUGAGAAGCGCAAGAAUCCCAUUGGUCGAGUCAACCUGGCUAACUGCACCAGUAAGAAGGUGGAACCAGCCAACAGAGAGUUUUGUGCCCGACCCAACACAUUUGAGCUGAUCACAGUCAGACCACAAAGAGAGGAUGACAAAGAAACACUAGUCAGCCAGUGCAAGAACACCAUGUGUGUCACCAAAAACUGGCUGAGUGCAGACACCAAGGACGAGAGGAAUCUGUGGAUGAAGAAACUGAACCAGAUUCUGGUGGAUCUGCGAAUGUGGCAACCAGACGCCUGUUACAGGCCACUGUAAUUACUGCACUGUCACCACCAGCCCUGUAAUCUUUUGGACUCAGUAUGAGUGACGCAUGCCAUGACAAAGUGCAAUACAGUCUAAGAAUUGUUAAAUAUGUUUACUGGUGGAUGUUUUCCAGGAGAUUAGUAAUCAGACACAUAGCAUAUAGAUCAGAGAGUAAAUAAAGCCAUACAGCUGAAACAUUUCAGGACAGUAUUUCGUGUGGGAGUUUGGCACUAUUUUUGUACAUUUCCAGACAGGUUUGAUGCUCUAAUGUGUCGGGGUAUUAUUGAGUUGCCGCAUUUUUUUUUUUAUGUUAAUGCCAAUAUUUAGUGUUCUUGACACAUAAUGCAUGGCUUUAAAUUAUUCAAUUAGUGGUUUCAAUGCUGAAAUCAUUAAAUAUAUAAAUGGUGUUGGAAUUACAGAUGAAUACUAAUGUGAGGCACCACGAUUUUAUCACAUUUUCUCCUACAUGACGGCACAGAACAAUACUGAGACUUUUGGUAAGUUUUUACUUUAUAUAUAUCUAUAUAUAUAUUAGCUUUUAUAACCUGAGGCAGGACUUUCACUUGGUUUUCUGUAAUUGUCAUGCACAGAUUUUUAAUGCCGUUUUCACACCAGCUUUUGUUGUUUGUAAUGUCUGUUCAGUGUUUGUAAUUAUUUCAGUGUGGAUGUUAAACAGGGAUUGUAAGGUCUGUUACACACUCUACACCAGAGCCUGACCAACAGUUUUGAUAAAGGUCCUAUCUUAGAUAUAACAGAUGUGACCAGCUGAUGUACAAGUCAGAACAUUUUUACAGAGUAAACAUGAAGUUGCAGCGCUCUCUGGUGGACAAACUAUGUAACAGCGGCACUGCUUAAACACAUCUUAUUGCAGUUCAAUACUUACUUGCAUAUACACUGAUACUCAUAUAUAUAUAUAUAUUUGUUUUAAGAUAAUGGCCUGCUUAUUUAUCAGCCAGCUUUUACUUUAUAGCUGUUGUAUUUUUUAUUUUUGUAAAGGGCUUAUCUACACAAAGGAAGCCAUUUUGUUUUGGCAUCAGGUCGGCGUGCUUGGUGUUUGUAGCACUGGGCACUAAAAGUGGUCUUCCAUUAGUCUACAUUCUUAAAGGAAUACUUUGGUUUAUGUAUCAGUUUCUCAUCGCGUGUCACCUUGAAUUCAUGAAGAAAAGGUUGUUUUUCUUGUGUGCCUUCACAUUGAACAAAGAAUCCAAAAAAAAAGCAAAGAUUCUUUGAGUUGAAGAAAUCAGAGUCCACAUUUAACAACGGCAAAACUAUAUCAAUAUGGUUUGAAUAUAGUAGGUUGGAAUGUUCAAGCGAAAAUGCAUGUUUGGAAAGUACUGAGCAAACGACAGGACAAAUGAGACUCGGAUGAUACUGGAGGAGUUGUGAGAAAGUUGUAAACGGAUGUUUUGGUAUAGUUUUGCUGUCGUUAAAUGUGGUCUCCUUCGAUUCAUCAAGAAUUUUUGCCCCUUUUUGUUGACUGUGAAGACAUGCAAGUUCAUUCAAGGAAGCUUGCAGUGAGUAGCUGGUGUACAAAUGCUGAUUUUGUGGGUGAAAUAUUCCUUUAAAGGCUGCACUUGUUUCCUUUUUUUUAAGCAAACUGCAUCUUUUAUGUGUAGUUGUGCAUACAGCAGUAAUAUCUGUGGUGCUGCCACAAAAUCAGUAACAGUUUCUGACUACCGGUACUUUUUCACUCCCUCACACCCUUUGUGUUGCUUAUGCAGAGUAUGUAACAGACUUUACAGCGACCCUGCAGGUUGUUGGUAAAUGUAGUUUCAUAUUAACAGAUUUUCACCUUCAACUUUCAACUAAAAGACGAAUCCUUUUCAUGUUGAUGACCAACACAAACUACGCUACAUGUAUUGUUUCUGCCUACCCUCUACAUACGUUUUCAUCGUGAAGAAUACGAGUGAGCAGGAAAUAUGUCAGGUGUUGUGGAUCAAUGAGACAAUAAAUGCCUGCUUUGACCAAAAUGGACCAGGUUAUCAAUGUUCAUGUUCCUUCUGUCAUUUUGUUGAAGUGUAACUUUUAUUAAAUAGAGUCUACAAUUGGUUUUAAAAGA